AUGUCUCCAGACGCCGGGGGGGCCUCUCCAGUAGAGGCCUGUGGCCGGGAAGUUUCCCUUCAUCCGCACCUCCGGUGCCUGGGGGGCUUCGAGGAUGAUCCCCCGGGACUGCAGGGCCGCGGUGGGGGCAAGGGCCGGCAAUCCGCUAACGCUCCGCUGGAAACCUCCACCGCGACCUUCCUGCCCGCGGGUCCGCAGCGGCGCGGACCGCGCCAGCGCCAGGGCGCACGGGAGCCACCUGUUGACAGCCCGGGCGAUCCGGCCGGUCAAUUAUUAACCAGCCGCGCGGCGGGCACCAGGAAACCCGAGCCGGCGGCGAAAGCGGAGCCGGGCCCGACGGCGGCGGGAGGCGCCGGGCGCGGGGAGCCGCUCGCCCCGCUCGCCCCGCCGCCGGCUCGCGCCAUGGAGGCAGGAGCGGACACGAAACGGGGCAGCGGCCCCGCGGCCCCCGAGGACCCCCGGAGCCCCGCGCACCCCGAGCUCCCGCAGCUGCCGCGCCGCCCGCAGCUCCUGGAUGAGGACGGAGGGCCCAGCGAGGAAGCGGCCGCGGACGGGGGCAGCGCCCGGGCCCCGGAAGACCCCCCGGUAGCCCCCCAAGCCGAGGCCUCGGCAGCGCCCUCCACCCAGGCCCACGCCGCGGAUGAGGCCAGGCAGGGGCCCAAGGUGGAGGCCGGCGGGGUCCCCAACAUCGGCUUCGUGGGCGAGCCGCCGCCCUACGCGCCGCCCGACCCCAAGGCUGUGCACCUGCUCUACCCGCCCUUCCCGCAGGCGCCCGUGCUCUGCCAGCCCGCGCCCGCGCCCCAGGCCCUGUACCCGCCGCCCGCCGCGCCCCUCUACGCCGCGUCCACCCCGCCGCCGUUCUUCGCGCCCUUCGCCGUGUACAACAGCCCCAUGGGCGGCGUGCCAGCCCCCGCCGCCGUGGAGCACCGGCCCCUGCCCAAGGACUACAUGAUGGAGUCCGUGCUGGUGACUCUCUUCUGCUGCCUGCUCACCGGGCUCAUCGCCAUCGUCUACUCCCAUGAGACACGCGCGGCCCUGAGCAGGGGGGACUUGGCCCAGGCCAAGGAGGCCUCGCGCAAGGCGCGCUCGCUCGUGCUCUUCAGCCUGCUCUUCGGGGUCUUCGUGUCCACCAGCUGGGUCAUCUACGUGGUCGUGGCACUCUACCUCCCCUGAGGGCUCGUGGCUCCUUUGGGGACGCUAGGACACCCUGGGAUACCUACCCUGGCCAGACUCUUUCUGUGGACUUUGACCCCUGCCGGUGGCCAUCUGUCAACUAUGGAAGGGGCCCAGGAGCCAGAAGAAGGUGGGCUUUGCAGCCCUCAGCACCCCUGUGGCUCAGCCUCAGCCCCUACAGGUGGCCUCAGGCAGUGUCCUGAUCUGAGGUGGCCCCAGGGCCCAGGCCCAGCUGUGGGAUGCAGGCCCACGAGCCCAUUUCCUCGGUGCAUCUUCCUCCAGGUCGUCCUGGAACUGUGCCGGCCGGGCGCCCACGGCCCUCGCCCUCACCUUACCCCUGGGAGACCACUGGAGGGACCAGAGCCCUCACUGUCUUCAGAGCUGUCUGGAAGGACAUUGCCUCCCCUGGCUCCCCCACUCCAGCCCAGCUCUGUGACUGCAGGGCAGAGCUGCCGGAUUUCUUUUUCACUGGGAGGGAGUUGGGGGGAGUGCCUCCUCUCUCCUUGGUGGCUCCUGGCUGGUUGUCCUGCGCCCAGCCCCAUCCCGGAGACAGGCUCUCAUGCUGACCCCACAUCCAGAGACCAAGGCCACUACGUCUGGUCAAUAAACAAAAGGCAGCACCCUGGGCUGAACUUCAUGUUGCUGCUUCGGGGCCGUCGCUACUUCCUUGCUCACCCUCAGUGUGAGCGCUAAACGUCUGUCCACAGCCGGGCUCCUGCACCCGCCCCUCUGAGGUGCUCUUCGCACACAGGCAGCUCGGCGAGGAUCUGAUUUAUUGCCCACACUGUGCAGCGCAGAGCCUGGCUUGUGGUGAGCACUCGGGGGCAGAGCUGCUGGGUACUGAUGGCGGGGAUUUCUGUAGGGUCUUCCACGGCCAAAGGUGAUGGGAGAGCAACGACUAAGGGUCUGAGCAUGAGCUUCAGGACAGCCAGGAACCUCUCAGUCGGCAGAGAGGGGAACCUGUUAAUGGACAUUUUCCUGGGGAGGGGUCCAGAGCUCUCAGCAGAUUCCCGAAGGGGUCUGUGACCCAAUAAGAUUAAAAACCAUCUGCAUAGAGAGAGGAGGAAGGGGCCCCUGGCUGAGCCAUACAAGAUUGACAGCUCAAGUUAAAUCGGGGGCUUUCUGAGCACCCACUGUGCGCUGCUCACAGCCCUGGAACCGGCACUGGAAGAUGAAGCAGAACAUCCCAUCUCAGCCCUUGAGAUGCUCUGGGAGCUGGAGAGACGUGGAGGAGGAAGUGAGGGAUGAGCAAAAUGCUUGGUGAUGGAGAGGGGGCCUCGUGUUCUGGGACACGGCCGGUCCAGAAUUAGGAUCUCAAGCACUAAAAUGCAUGAUAGCCACAAAACAGGAGGAAGAAACCGUAUUUUAGGGAUCCAUAGAUGCCAGAAAGUAUUUGGUAGAAUCCAACAGCCACAGCUAUGCUCACUAAACUCUUAAGUAAAAUCAGAAUAGAAAGAAAUCACCUAGACCAGUGUUCCUCGGACUUGAAGCAUAUAACACAGCUGGGAAAGCCUGUGAAAGCGCGGGUGCUGAUUCAGUGAGUCGGACCUGAGAUGCUGCGCGGCUAACGAGCUCCCAGGUGGUGCUGCAGCUGGUCUGUGAACCAACAGCACGUGGCACAUCAGGCAGGAAAUGAUUACAACCCCUGAAAGCCAUCACGACCAGGCUGAAGCCAUGCGAUGCUCCCUAGUGUCUCUCUUAGUCAACAUUGUUUUGACGGUCUGGCUAAUGUAAAAAACAACAAAGUGAAAUUUGUAGCAUAAAAGCUGCAAGAGACAAAAUGAUUCUCUAGCUAGAAUAUCCAAGAGUCAGUGAAAAAGUUAGAAUAAGAGAACUCGGUAAAGUUGUUGGAUACAAAAUACACAAUAGUCAAUAGCAAUAAUCAGUUAAAAAUGGAAAAAAUUUAAAAUUCCACUCACAAUAGUGAUAAAAACAGUAAAAUCUAGGAAUAAAUUUAACAAGAAAGAUCUGGAUCCAAAUGAAGAAAACAAUUUUUUAAAAUUACCAAAAGAAAAAAAAAAACCUGAACAAAAUAUCUGGAUAAGAAGAUGUAAUAUCAUACAAAUAUCUAGCUUUCUCAAAGAGAUUUAAUGAAAUUCCAACAAGAAAGCCAAGCUUUUAAAACUACGACAAAAAUGUUUUAAAAAAUUAAUAUGGAAGGAAAAUGUACAAAAAUUGUUAAUAAUUUUUAAAAGUUUAAUGAGGGGGGAGUUUCUUCACCAGAUAUUAAAACUUACCAUAAAGCUACAAUAAUUGAAACAGCAUGGCUUUGCCACAGAUAUAGAUCAGUGAAAAAUAAUAAACUCCAAAAGCGGACCAGCCCCAUGGUUUAGCGGUUAAGUGUGCUCCGAUGCUGGCGGCCGGGGUUCGGAUCCCGGGCAUGCACUGACGCACCGCUUCUCUGGCCUUGCUGAGGCCACGUCCCACAUACAGCAACUAGAAGGAUGUGCAACUAUGACAUACAACUAUCUACUGGGGCUUUGGGGGAAAAAUAAAUAAAUAAAAAAUUAUUAAAAAAAAUGUUUAAAUAAACUCCGAAAGCAUUCCAAGUAUGUAUGAGAAGUUAACAUCUGAUCAAAAUGGCGUUUUAAUUGAGUGAGUCAAGGAGGGCUCAUAACAAGCAGAGUUGGCUAUGUCUAUUCUCCUGUUGUAUGCAAAAAUAACUUCCAGAUGGAUUAAAGAGCUAAGUAUAAAAUAAAGCUAAUACUAAUACUAAUACUAGUACUAGAAGGAAUCGGAGGAGGAUAUUUGUAUGACCUCAGAGGAGGCCUCUGAAAAUCUGGAAAACCAGAGAGGGAAAGACUGAUAGGUUUGAGUUCUGUAUAUCAGGAAAGUACAGAUUUAAACAUGAGAUGACUUUUACUUAUCAGAUUGGGAAAAAAUUAGAAAGACUGAAUACAUCCUGAGUUGGUGAAGGAACGAACGCAGACCCUCUCAUUUAUUACUGGUGGGUGUGUAUUGCCACAAUCUUUGUGAAAGUGGACUGAUGGUAUCCAUUAAUUAUAUAUGUACCAUAUGUACCAUAUAUGCAUGUAAGUGCAAAGAAGAGACUCCAGAGGGAUGUGUUCCAGACUGCUGAUAGUGUCUGUCUCUGGGGAGGGAAUGGGCCUGGAGGCUUUGUGUGAUACAUUGCUGAAUUUUAAAAUAAAGAUGUACUCACGCAUUGUGUCAUUAAAAAAUAACUGAAAAAAAUGUGCAUGCCUUUUGACCCAGCACUUCCAGUUUUAGGAUUCACAGUAGUGAAAAAGGCAGUCUGUUUUCCUGAAGCUUCCAGUCCAGUGUGGAAGACAGACAUAUAUCAGAUGGUGUGGAUACCACCUGUGCUAGAGGGCCACGAAGGAGACAUAGCCAGGGCAAGUCUACGAUGUCAUAGCUGAGAAAAACUCUGAUUUCAGAGAUGUUGAAAUACGUGUGUCUUAGACUCACUCUGGCGGGGCAUAGGGGUCUGUGACCUGAGAGAGUGGUGGAGAGAGGCUUUCCUGAGGAUGUCAUGGAUAUAUAAACACUAAAAUCCAAUGAGAUGCUGCUGGCUGCGUUCCCAUGUGGUUGCAUCAUUUGCGUUCCCACCAGAUGGAUGGGAGUUCCGCUUGCUCCACAAACUCAUCCAUCCCUGGUAUUCGUCAGUCCUUUAAGUUUUAGUGCUUCUGGAAGUUAAAGCUGUGGUGGCAUUUCAGUGUGGCUUUACUCUGCACUUCUGUGGUGACUAACGACACUGAGCCUUUUACCAUAUACCAUGAGCAAUUUGGAUAUCUCUUUUUAUGAUGUGCCUGUCAAGUCAUGUGCCCAUUUUUACACUGGAUUGUCUUUUCCUUAUCAAUUUAGAGGAGUUCUUUAUGUAUUCUAGACAUGAGUCCGGUGUUAGAUAUAGGUAUUGCAAAUAUCCUUUCCCUUUUCAGUCACUUCUUUUCAUCAGAUGACUGAUGAAAAUCUCAAUUUUAAUAUAUUCAAAUUUAUCCUUUCUGUUAUGGGUCAUGGUUUUUGUGGCUUAAGAAAAACUUCCCUACUCCUGGGUCAUGAAGAUUUUCUCUUAUAUUGUCUUCUAGAUCUAGAAGAUUUCUUGGUUUAUUUUUACAUUUAGAUCUGCCACCCUUCUGGAAUAGAUUCCAGAGGUCUACCUGUCUACUCUUGUACCUCUACCAUACUUCACCAUCACACUUCAUUACCGGGGUUUGCAGUAAGUCUUGAUAUUGGGUAGGUCAGGUCCUCCCACCAUCUUUAAGAGUCUUGGCCAUUUAAAAUCAUUUGUACUUAAAAUAAAUUUUAGCAUUGUCAAUUUUCACCAAAAUAAAGAUUGAGAUUUUGACUGUGAUUGCUUUAAGUCUAUGGAUUAAUUUGGAGACAAUUGAUAUCUUUUAUGGUACUGAGUGUUCCAACAAACACGGUGAAUUUCUUUGUUUAGUAGGUCUUUUAAAAAAUUAAUCUUGAUUUUUUUUUUGUGCAGAAAUAUUGCACGUUUUGUUAAUAUCCCUGGGUAUUUGUGUUUUUUUGAUGCUAUUAUGAAUAUGAUCAUUUUUAUAUUUUUCUUUUCUUGUUACUUGCUAGUAUACAGACAUACAAUUGAUUCUUGACUUUGUAUCCAGCACUCUUUCUUAAUUCAUUUAUUAAUUUUGAUAAUUUAUCUGUAGAUCCUGUUGAAUUUUCUAUUUACACAAUAUCAUGUGUAUAUGAUGAGUUUUUGUCUUCUUUUCCAACCCUCGCCCCUCCUGUGUGCUCCUCCUGCCGUCCUGCACUGGCCGGACCCCCAGCAAGGUGGACAGACGUGCUUGCAGUGGGCAGACUUAUCUUUUUCCUAGUCUCCAAAGAAAGGUUUCAAUAUUCUACUUUAAAAAAAAAAAAUAGAUAUCUUUUUUCUGAUUAAGGAAGUAGCCUUCUGGGGCCGGCCCUGUGGCUUAGCGGUUAAGUGCGCGCGCUCCGCUGCUGGCGGCCCGGGUUCGGAUCCCGGGCGCGCACCGACGCACCGCUUCUCUGGCCAUGCUGAGGCCGUGUCCCACAUACAGCAUCUAGAAGGAUGUGCAGCUAUGACAUACAACUAUCUACUGGGGCUUUGGGGGAAAAAUAAAUAAAUAAAAUUAAAAAAAAAAAAAAAGGAAGUAGCCUUCUGUUCCUAGUUUGCUAAGAAUUUUUUUUAAUCAUGCAUGGAUAUUGAAUUUUAUUAAAUUACUUUCACAUGUCUACUAAGAAAAUUAUCUGAUGUAUUCUGUUAAUGUAACUCAAUGUUGAUUUUCAAACGUUAAAGUAACUUUUCAUUUCUGGAAUAAAGCCAUGUUGAUCAUGA